AUGUCAACACCUACUACGGCCACGGCCACGCUUCCACACUACCACCAUCCUCACCAUUAUCCUCAAUCUUACGCACAUUCGCACUCGCAUCAUCAGCCGUACCAGCCAAACCCCAGCGCUUCCUAUCGUUCGACUGCUUCGAAUCAGAAUAUUCUGCCUCCUCCGGUCUCUUCAGCUGUCUCGCCCUCCCACAGUGCCAUUCUGCCUCCUCCGUACCAACUUUCGCCUUUGGCAUACUCUUCCACGGCAUCGAAUGGCAUAGGCCUGACGCACUCGUCAACCUCUCGCUCUGCACAUCACGCCCAGGAACCCAGCCCGCGACACGACGCGGGUUAUUCAACCGCAACCAUGCCUGAGACUGCUCCUGCUUCUCACGCGGAGCCUUCGAGAAAGCGUCGCCGUUCCCGCGAACCCGAUUGGAAUACUUUUUAUAAAAACGGCCUUCCCAAGGAAAUCAUUGUUAUUGAUGAUACGCCUGAGCCUGAAGCGAAUACCAGCCGGAAAAUUACAAACAGCACUGUUGUCGCGCCCAACGACACCACGAACCGCCUGGCGGCCAAGAAGAGGAGACAAAACGAAGAGACUGGCACUGUACAGGCCUCGGGCUACCACAUCAAAUACCUCGAAUCAAAAAACAAUACCCCGGUGCAGAUUACAACACCCGCUGGCUCCUCCAAUUCGAGUAGUGAUCGUACCAAUUCUGGUGUCAAUACCACGGCCCCAACUUCACUCUCGUCCAAUGGUCAAUAUGAGGACGCCGCGGCUCCCCUUAAGCGAAAGCGCACCCGCCAGCAGGUGGCUAACGAGGCCAAGCGUCGCGACGUUGAUGGCCUUGGAGAUAUCUUCACAUACAAGCCUCCACCUUACCCUCCCAAGAAGGCUGGUGAGGUAAAUGUUCAGGUUAUCCAUGACCGACAUUACAACAAGAACGUCAAGGUUGAUGACGACGAUGGUCAUUACAUUGUUAUUCCUGAAGCCGAGCUCACAGAUAAAUCUGUGGCCGUCAAAAUCAUUCGGUCAGUCCAGAAAUACAGGGAUGCCUCCAGAAUUGAACUUCGCGUUCUUGAGACCCUCAAACGAAACGACGAGGAGAACCGUAACCGAUGCAUCCACCUCCGAGACUGUUUUGAUUACCGCGGCCACAUCUGUAUCGUCAUGGACUUGCUUGACCAAAGUGUCUUUGACUUUCUCAAGGGCAACGGCUUUGUUCCGUUCCCUAACAGCCAGAUUCAAAGCUUCGCGCGCCAACUCUUCACCAGCGUUGCCUAUUUGAAGCCUGAGAACAUCUUGCUCUGCGACCACGCUUAUCAAACCUUUACCUAUAACCGCAAGAUCCCAUCUUCUUCUACCACCAUUAACCGCCAGGCCACACAACGCCGUGUGCUACUCGACACUGAGAUUCGGUUAAUCGAUUUUGGCUCUGCUACCUUUCAAGACGAGUACCACUCCUCGGUGCUUGACUAUCCUACGCCCGAAACAACUCGUGGCUCCCGUCGGUUUGUCAAGGCCAUGAAGCACCUCGAUCACAUUAUUCCUGGAAAUAACCCUUUCCUCAAGAACUUUGUCGAUCUGCUUCAGAAGAUCUUUGUGUAUGAUCCUGCUCACCGCAUCACUGCGAAGCAGGCUCUGCAACAUCCUUGGCUCAAAGAGACGGCUCAGCCCGAUGAUGGUACCGAGGCUGCUAAGAUCCGCCAGGAGAGGAUACGGUCAGAGCAACGGAACCAAUAUGUCCGAAGUUGA